UCCUUAAAAAAAGGAAGUAAAUCUUCCAAAGACAAAGAUCUGGUUGCGUGCAAACACUCUCUCUCUCUUUCUCUCUCCAACUUUUAUCUUUACUCUUUAGCUUCACUCUCUGUCUCUCUCUCUCUCUCUUUACUCUUCACUGUCUUUCACUUCACUCUUGUUCUUCUUCUCUUCACUCCUCAAUGGCUAUCAACAGAGACUCAACGCCUCCUCCGAUGAUCGGCAAAAUUGGACCAUACACUGUGUUCAUGACCCCGCCAUCCACUCCUUCCCCAAAGCCUUUUCAGCAACCUGUCUUCGAUUCACCCAAGAAGAUCGUGGUUCCUCCGCCGCCGCCGGUGCAGCCUCCGCCGCAACAGUUCACUAAGUCUCUUCAAUCCCCAAAUUCCAAUGACUCUGUUGUUGGUUUCUUCAAGAAUGCUGUCACCAAGGUCCAAAAUGCACAUUCAAGUUUGGAUGACCAUUUGGCGCGGUGGUUUGGGUUGAACCAGUCCAAGUAUCAAUGGGCACUAGAUGAUUAUUAUGAGAGCAAGGGAUUGGAAAAGGGGGAUGCAAAAGCUAAAGAUUUAUCUAGCAAAAUACAGAAAUUUAUUGGAAGUGGAAGUGUCUGCAGACUCUACUUUUGAGUAUACUAUAUCUAUAUACCUAUCUAUGGAAUAGCAGAAUUGCAUCAAAUUUGUAAACGAUCCUUUGAUCAACAUUUGUGAUCUGGUUAAUGCGAUUCUCUCUCCUAGUACAGCAGCUAACUGAACUUGGUUGUGUGAUGGCCUGAGGCAUGUAAUAUCUUUUUUUUUUUAGCCAAACUUUUUAUUCAUGUACUGCAUUGAACUGUUACCUAAUUUAGUUUGGGUCAAGUUUUUGGCUUGUGUACCUUGGAACUGUUAAUGUGUUUUGAAUUUGUAUUGUAUUUUAGUAAAAGCAAUUAUUUGUAACUUC